AUGGAUGAAUCAAAAACACAAUCUAAUAUAACAAUUCAGGGAUUAGCUACGGAAAAAAAUAAUAAUGACAUAUUGGAAUCUCCUUCACAAUACAAUGAAAAGGCUGACAUGCAUGAACUAUAUAUUCCAGAAUCUUUAGAAUCACAAAAUAAUAAACCUGAAAUACUACAAGAUACGAAUCAAGAUGAAGGAUUCAGUGGAGUGGCAAAAGAUUUAGUCAAGUUAGGUGGUAAAUCCAUAACAAAGCUAGUGACUAAAAGCAGUUAUCAUCAAUCUCAAUUAUUUAAGUUGGUAGCCUGGCUUACAGGUGCAAAAAAUUCUGUAAAAG